AUGAGAAAACGCGGGACCCAUCCUUGGGAGAUGAGAGUUAAUAACCAGCCAAAGAUCUUGGCUAAUUCCAUCUCGAUAUUUCUGCUGUUGCCGUCGCUACCGCUACCGCUGCCACCGCCGCCGCCGUCGCUGUCUCCGCUCCCGCAUGCGACGACGGUGCCCGAACAUUGGGAACAGACGGAGAAAAUUCAUCUCUGUGUCAAGGCCAUCUUAAACUCCCCACCCCCAGAAACACAUAUUGAACUUAGACAUUCCCAACCUGAUCCUGAUUCUGUCUGUCUGUCUGUCACAGUCACACAGUCGGUUUGCCAGUCUUACUCUUACACAAAAAAUCCGAAACUCCGCGCUCACAACCAGUGUCCUGAGCAGCCCCGACAUCCGAACGCUCAAGCUUCCUUUAUUGUAUCCCACUCCAGCUUCCAUUGUUCUCGAGACCCUCGUUCUACCAGUCCAAUAUUCCUGGCCUCUCAUUCCAGACAACUCCCGGCUAAAAUCUGGAACACUGACACAUUCGUCAAGGUCCUCCACCUCACUCUUUCCCCUCGAAGUGAGGUACACGCCUCUGAGGACAUCCUUCACAGAACCACAGCUGCAAUAUCCUGUCCCCAUUCCAUUAACAUUCAAGGGCGCAAUAAGAGAGAUGCCGUGUGCUCCCCCGGCGCAAGAGCAACUUUAGUUUGGCACGGAAGCAGUGCCGCUGCAGCGUCGCUCCUCAGCCCGGGUGGAGUGAAUCUUAGUGGCGUCGUAAUCCCGCAUCCUUUAGCAUUCAUCGCAAACAAAUCAUCCCCGAACGCGCUGCCAACACGCUGGCAACCGGCCCGCAUUCCUUCCCAGAAGUUUACAGACCCGCCUCUGCCUCCGCCCCCUUCUGUGGGACACUGCUUCCCCGCGCCACGCUCGGGCUUUGUCUUUGUGGCAACGCGCUGGCUUCAGAGCAUAUCAUAUCAUAACCAACAUCGACUUUACAUUUUGCGCUCAUGCCAGGGUUGCUCUUCCGUAACGGGCAAGUACAAGGGCAUGUUUCUGUUUCGAUCGAAGCAGUCCUCUUCAUCACCGCACCCUACGCCCACUCCAAUACCACAUCCCUCGCUCGCAACACUACCACACUCUGAGUCCAGCACAAUAACUUACCCUACGUCUACCACACUAGCGCACCCUAAACAAGCCCACUCGUACGCCCCAAGCCCACCCCAAUACCAAACCCUAAGCACAACCACCUACUCCCCCCCACCCCACCAUCGCCACACCCUUGCGAACCCUUUAUCAAACUUGCCUCGGCCUCACAGCGUCGCUAUAACUACGUUCCCGGCGACCUGUCCUUAA